GCCUAAAUACCAAUAUAGGCAGAACAAUUGACCCUGUAAGAUCCCGGGCGGGUGGUUCGACUCGAAAAGAGAAAACGAGAGGAUCCGAACACAGGGUUUAGGGUUUAAGAUACCACAUAUCUACUAAAUUUUGCCUCUCUCGCCCUCCGCAGCUCCGGCAAAUUCAGCGGCUUAGUAGAGAUGGGUGUUAAAGCAAAGAAGAAAGCAAUAACGAAGAAAUUGAAGAAGGCGGCAAGCGAUUUUUCUGCUUCUAGAGAUGAAGCCCGUGAAUUUCUGCCAUUGGAAGGUGGGCCAGCACAGAAGCUUCCAAAGACUGAAGUGAGGGAAAAUAAAGCAACGGUGUUGUAUAUCGGGAGAAUCCCACAUGGAUUUUAUGAGAAUGAAAUGGAAGGUUUCUUUAAGCAAUUUGGUACAGUCAAGAGGCUUCGAAUUGCAAGGAAUAAAAAGACAGGAAAAUCAAAGCAUUUUGGCUUCAUAGAAUUUGAGUCUCCUGAGGUUGCAAAAGUUGUUGCGGAUACUAUGCAUAACUAUCUCUUGUUGGAGCACUUACUGCAAGUUCAGCUUAUUUCUCCAGAACAUGUACAUCCAAGACUGUGGAAAGGUGUGAACCGCUGGUACAAACCCUUGGAUUGGGUCAAAAUUGAAAGGAAGCGUCAGGACAAGGAAAGAACACUGGAUGAUCACAAGAAGUUGGUUGAAGGAAUAUUAAAACGCGACAAGAGGAGGCGAAAGAGGAUUGAAGCAGCUGGAAUUGACUAUGAGUGCCCAGAAAUUGUGGGUUCAAUUCAGGUUGCACCAAAGAAGAUCAGAUUUGAUGCAGAUGAAGAUCUUUCCAGCAGAACUGACCGACUGAACUGCAAAUAUGCAACCGGUUGAAAGCUGUGCGCUACUCAAAUUUACUAAAUCGGCGAUGAUGGUGGAAGAUUGGUAGCGCCUUAGAUUUCUUCUGAAAGAAUUAGCAUUAGCAUAGAUGACAUCAAGGCUCUUCUGGCAAUUUGUCUUUGGACUAUAAGACAUACCAAACAUCUACCUGUCAUAGCUUCAAUUUUUGUAACCUCACCUCGAAAUAUCAAAAGACUUGUUCCUUUUCCUGUAGAAGGCACAGUUAGUGGAUUACAUUUUCUAAAA